AUGCCUAACGUAACUCAAAAUAUGACUAAUAGAUGCCAAUAUUUAAACAUAUCUCUUAACGAUCUUAUAAGCAAAACAAAUGAAAAACAUGGUUAUGUUGACAAAAAAACAAUUAAUAAAACAUUACAUGAAUUAUCCGAAGAACAAAAAUCCAAAAAUCGAAAAGAAUAUGAUAAACGUAAAGAAGAAAAAUAUCUACAAAAUUCUGUCAUAAAUUCAUUUACAGAUACCGAGAGUAUUUUCUCACCAGAUAUUGUCACGUAUGAUUUAUGUGAAAAUGAUGAUCAUAACCGUAAAAAUGAUAAGCAUAUUCUUUGCUUAAUAGAUGAUGUAUUUUUGUGUAAACAGAUUGUCUGUGCUUCUCUUCCUUAUUUAUGGGAAGAUCCUUUUUAUCCAUGUGUCGGAAGAAACUAUACGAGCUUACAAAAAAUAAUUUAUUAUUACUUAUCUGAACACAACGAUAAAAGUAUUUUGUCUAACAUUUAUUCUUUUCAAUUUGAUAAUGUGGAAAAACCCCUUUUCGAUUAUUUAUCCUUUAUCAGACAAAUUCGUGUUGAUAAUAUUUUUAAUAUCAUUACUCACGGAAUCGAUUACCGAAUUAUCACAUGUGAAUACGAUCUUGAUAAAGAUUGGAAAACCCUAGUAGUCCCAAAAACCGUUCUCAGAUUAAUAUUCAACUAUUCAAAAAAAAUUACCUAUUUUCAACUUCCAAACAUAAAUAAAUCUGAUAUCACCAAUCUUAUAGUUAAAUACACCAAUCUUAUUAAUCAUGAUUCAAAACAUAUUCGAUAUAUUUAUCUAGAUACCACCCGUCCUAGUGAUUUACUUAAAUUUAAUAAUUUAUACGGAAUCGCCCUUGGGUAUAGAAAAUGGAAUUCUUCAUUUUGUGUUUCUACCAAUCUCCAGAUUUUUAAACAAAUCAAUUCGGAAUAUAUUACAAAUAUCAGGUUCAGAAAUGUCAAAUUUACCAAUAAAGAAGAAGAAAUAUUGGAUUAUUUUAAAUCAUUAAAAAAAUUAAGAUGUCUUAGCUUUAUUAAUACAAAUAUUGACAACGUUAAAACUAUUUAUGAAAAAUUUAAAGAUUCAAAAACUUUAGUGUAUUUAAAAAUUAUCUCGUGUAAUCUUAGAUAUUUUGUUUUUACAGAAAAUUUUCGCGAUGAAAUUUUUAACAAUGAGAAUAUUGAAAACAUCAUUAUUGGAUUUGAUUGGAAAGAAGAAAAUUUCUUAAUUGACAAAAGAAAAUCUAAUAAGAAAUUCAAAU